AUCUGCAUCUGGGUUGCACUGCGACACCGCGAUCGACGGCGACGGCCAGGGUGCAGUUUUGCUUGGGACAAACCCGCCCUUCUCUUUCGUUCUAAAACUCACGUUCCUUUUUGGCGAUUUUGCCUAACUAGACAUUGCCAGGCCCUGGUCAAGGCAAGGUCUGUCGUUCCUUUCGCGAAUACUAGUAUUCGCGCUUGAAGACGGCCCCUAGCACGCCCCCUAAGGUAAGCAGAAGGGGUGAAAAAUCGAAAAAAAAAAAAGAAAACCACCAAGUAUAUAGGUUGCGCUUGCGUCGCGUGCACUUUGUCAGGAUGUCAGGCAGAUAUUCUCUGAGGCAAACGCCGAGGAAGAAAGAGCUAUUCGAUGGCAUGAUAGAGACCCCGGUCCGCCGAAACAUCCGUCGCAAAUCCCAGUUCCCCACCGAGUCCGACACCGAGUCCGUGUCCGCUUCGGAAGCCAUGGACAACACCAAGUCGCUGCGCCAGCGCAAUGCGGCCAAGUUCACCGAGCACCUCGCCGAGCCCACACCACCUGAAAGCCCCGUCGAGAGUGACGCUGCGCCCCAGCCUGCACCACUCAAGCCCAAUGGCAAGGCCAAGGCCGAGGACAAGGUGAUUGACGGCUGGAAGCCCGGCAUGGAUCCCAAGGUCGACUACUCGGGAGAGUACGAGUUUGGCGGGCCGUUGUUCGUCUCGCUCAUGAUGGUCGGCUUCCCGAUCCUGAUGUGGUACAUGUGGAUUGGCGCCAUCUACUACGACGGCGGCUUCCCCGUGCGCGCUGCAGGGCAGACAUGGGGCGAGUUCGCCAAGCACCUCGUCAACCUCGUCUACACGGGCGCGUUCCCGCACGCCAAGGCAUGGGCCAUCUACUGGUCUUUUUUCAUCACCGAGGGCGCCUUCUACUGCCUGAUGCCCGGCGUCUGGGCCUACGGCAAGCCGCUGGCCCAUGAGGGCGGCAAGCAGCUCAAGUACUACUGCUCCGCCUACACCUCCUUCUACGCCACCAUCGCCAUCGUCGCCGCCCUGCACGUCUCGGGCGUCUUCCCGCUCUACACCAUCAUCGACGAGUUCGGCCCCCUGCUCAGCGUCUCGAUCCUGUCGGGCUGGCUCGUCGCCAUCGUCGCCUACGUCUCGGCCCUCGCCCGCGGCGCGCAGCACCGCAUGACGGGCAACCACGUGUACGACUUCUUCAUGGGCGCCGAGCUGAACCCGCGCAUGUUUGGCAUCCUCGACUUCAAGAUGUUCUUCGAGGUGCGCAUGCCGUGGUUCAUCCUCUUUUUGCUGUCGUGCGGCGCCGCGGCGCGGCAGUGGGAUCGCUACGGCUACGUGUCGGGCGAGGUCGGGUUCCUGGUCAUGGCGCACUUCCUCUACGCCAACGCCUGCGCCAAGGGCGAGGAGCUCAUCGUCACCACUUGGGACAUGUACUACGAGAAGUGGGGCUUCAUGCUCAUCUUCUGGAACCUGUCGGGCGUGCCGCUGUCCUACUGCCACUGCACCCUCUACCUGGCCAACCACGCGCCCGACGAGUACCAAUGGAACCGCGCCGCGCUCGCCGCCCUGUACGUCAGCUAUCUGUUCGUCUACUGGGUCUGGGACAGCUGCAACAGCCAAAAGAACCGCUUCCGCGCCAUGGAGCGGGGCAAGCUCAUCAAGCGCAACACGUUCCCGCAGCUGCCCUGGCAGACGCUGCACAACCCCAAGACGAUCGAGACGGGGCUGGGCGACAAGAUCCUGGCGGACGGCUGGUACGGCAUGGCCCGCAAGGUGCACUACACCUGCGACAUCUACUUUAGCACCUGCUGGGGCCUCAUCACGGGCUUCAACAGCCCGUUUCCCUGGUUCUAUCCCGUAUUCUUCGUCGUCAUGAUCGCCCACCGCGCGUGGCGCGACAUCAGCCGCUGCCGCGAGAAGUAUGGCGAGGCGUGGCGUGAGUAUGAGCGGCAGGUACCGUAUCUGUUCAUUCCGUACGUCUUCUGAUCCCACGAAGCUACUCAUAACGAGCCAUGGCGGAAGGUCGCUGCCAGAUUCGGAGAAGAGGCGAUUAAGGUGCGGAGAGGAGAGUGUAGUCUCUGGAUGUUUCUGAAGGGAGUAAUGUUGGAUGGAAUGGGAUGAAUGAUGGAUGAUGGAUGAUACCGCCAGAGUGAGGAGCCCAAAUAGGGGCAAUGGUUACGGGGGCAUGAAAAGGAGCGGUUGAGCGGGUGCGGAGCAAAUCGAGCAGGCAUGCGCUGGUGUGCUGGCUUAGUUCGCAUCCCCUAUCUUCUACUUAGUACCUACUGUUGUAGUGAUACGGAACUAUUGGAUUAAUGAUAAUAUCUUACACUG